AUGAAUUAUUGGCUAAGCGUUACAAAAUCAAGCGUGAGGAGGGAAUGGCCAAUCUUCAACAAACGAAUGCAUCUAUAACUAAAGUUGGAGCUCCUAGUAACAAACAAAAUCAGCCACCAACUACUCAACCGUUCAAGUUAUCUAUGUUUGCAACAACUGCGAAAACAAAUUUGAAUUCGAUUAAAGAGCCAGUCACGAAGCCUAAUCCAAAGAAAAAAAUUUCAGACAAUGCGAGUAGGACUCAACCUAAUGUUAUUGCUGAAAGGAGUGUAGAAAAGGAAGUUUCCAUGAAAAAACACAAAGGGUUGAAGAUUCAAGAUUCAAAAGGGCAAAGUUUGGCUCAAGGUAGAGGACCGGUACCUACACAAAUUCAAGAGCCAAAGGAGCAGCCCAUGAAAAAAACAAUGAUUGAAGAUGGAUCAAUGGAAAGACAGCAAACUGGGAAAAACAAUUAUGUUGGAAAUGGUAGUUUGAAGGCCAAGGAGCAGCCUAGGAAAAGGGUAGUAGUGUCUGGAGAUGAGUCAAGGGUAAAAGAGAAACCUUUGAAAAGGAUAGUUGUUGAAGAUGACUCAAGGGCAAGGCAGGAAAGUGCUAGAAAGAAGUCAAAAAGAACCCCUUUGUGUCCAUCAAUGUUAAUUGAUGACUACCUUAAGAAAAAUGGAAAAGAUGUUGAAAACGAGAUCCGGAAUUUAAUUGAAGAUGAGGGAGACAUUGUUAUGGAAGAACAAGAAGAAAAUGUGGAUUGUGAAGAAGCUGCUGAAACAAAUGAGACAACUAAGAAAAGAACUCGGGGACCAACACUGUGUUUAAAAAUAUAUGCAAGGUCUCUCAAACAACGUGAAGAAGUUACUCUAGACGAUGACGGAGAUGUAAUUGGACCCGAUGACAAAACUGUUGCAGAAUUUGCCAAUUUCCUUGGCUCUAUAGCAAGGAAUUCAGAUUUCUGUCCCUUGAUCUAUACAAACUUCAAAGAGAUGCUGAAAAAGGAAACAAAAAAUGAUCAUAUGGACCGUAAGGAACGUAUAUGGAGAUUUGUUAAUAGGAAGUACAUUAUUCCUGAUGAAGGACAAAAAGUGGUGUUUAUUACAAUAAAUAGGGCUUGGAGACACCAUAAGUGCGAUAUGAAAAAAAAACAUUUUCUGAAAUACACUAGUAUGAAGGAGAGAUUAAAAAAUCGUCCUGAGAGCAUAUCUGAAAAUCAUUUCAAGAAACUGUUGAUAUAUUGGAAAGAUAGCAAUGUCCAAGUAAGUUAGCUAGUUGUUUUGCUCAAUAGUUUCAAGAAAUUUUUGCUCAAUAGUUUUUUCUUGUAUGUAGGCCAUUAGCCA